AUGCCGCACCAGUACGGCGCGGGCGCGGGCGGCAUGGCGCAGGGUCCGCCGUCGCCGCCGCCGCAGCACGGCGCGCUGUACCCGCGCUACGCCAGCGCCGCGGGCCCCGGCGCGGGCGCAUACCGCCCGGAAGAGCGCCGUCUCACGCGCGAAGCCAUGGAGCGCUACUUGCGUGAUCGAUCCGACAUGGUCGUAGUUAUCUUGCAUGCUAAAGUCGCUCAAAAGUCUUAUGGCAAUGAAAAAAGGUUCUUUUGCCCACCCCCUUGUAUUUAUCUCUUCGGAGAUGGCUGGCGGCUGCGCCGCGAGCGUAUGCUUCGCGAAGGUGAAACAGAACAGGCUUCACAGCUAUGUGCGUUUAUUGGCAUAGGCAACUCAGAUCAGGACAUGCAACAGCUAGACUUAAAUAAUGGCAAGCAGUACUGUGCAGCUAAAACUUUGUACAUAUCAGAUUCUGACAAAAGAAAGCAUUUUAUGCUCUCAGUCAAGAUGUUUUAUGGCAAUGGUCAUGAUAUAGGAAUUUUUAAUAGUAAGAGGAUAAAAGUUAUAUCAAAACCAUCAAAAAAGAAGCAAUCUUUAAAAAAUGCAGAUUUAUGUAUUGCAAGUGGAACGAAAGUUGCACUUUUCAAUAGGUUGAGAUCACAGACUGUGUCAACGCGGUACCUCCAUGUUGAAAAUGGUAAUUUCCAUGCGUCAUCUACACAAUGGGGUGCAUUUACAAUACACCUUCUGGAUGAUAAUGAAAGUGAGUCCGAGGAGUUUGCAGUUAGAGAUGGCUAUGUACACUAUGGAUCCACUGUGAAGCUGGUCUGUUCAGUGACAGGCAUGGCACUACCUCGUCUUAUAAUCAGAAAGGUGGACAAGCAAAUGGCAUUACUAGAAGCAGAUGAUCCUGUGUCUCAACUACAUAAAUGUGCAUUCUACAUGAAAGAUACUGAGAGAAUGUAUCUCUGCCUUUCACAAGAAAGGAUUAUCCAGUUCCAGGCUACACCAUGCCCUAAAGAGCCUAAUAAAGAGAUGAUUAAUGAUGGUGCUUGUUGGACUAUAAUUUCAACUGACAAAGCAGAAUACCAGUUUUAUGAAGGCAUGGGACCUGUCAGGUCACCGGUCACGCCAGUUCCAUUGGUCCACUCUCUCAAUCUGAAUGGUGGAGGAGACGUUGCGAUGCUGGAGCUCGCCGGGGAUAAUUUCACGCCAUCUUUGCAAGUGUGGUUCGGCGAUGUUGAGGCAGAGACGAUGUACCGGUGCGCGGAGUCGAUGCUGUGCGUCGUGCCAGAUAUAUCGCAGUUCAGAGGACAGUGGCUGUGGGUACGACAACCGACGCAGGUACCAGUGUCCCUUGUGAGAAACGACGGUAUAAUAUACGCAACGGGACUGACGUUUACUUACACACCGGAGCCUGGUCCCAGGCCCGUGUGCCCACCCGUGGACGACGUGAUGCGGCCAGAGCAGGCCGCAGCCUGGCACCACGACGCCAUCAACAGCCACCGCCUGCCAGACAACGCGCACCGAUUGCCAGACAACGCACAUCGUCUGCCAGACAACAGCCUGCAAUAG